UUUGACCUCAGCGUCAGAUUUCACAUGUGACAUUUCCACAGAAGUGACAUGCAGCUUCGUGUCGUGGGUUCAAUCCCGGUUCUGUGGUUUGCACCCUUUUCCGCUGCCGUCCUGCCCACACACUGCACCUAGCCGUUAGCUAGCUAGUAAGCACGCAAGCUAGUUAGCCCAAAGCAGCGAUGCUAGCGUGUCGCAGGCUACAUGCUAACGUGCGGACCGCUCGUGGACUCCUCUCCUCCGGUUCGGUGACAGGACAGCACCCGGGGCAGAGGGGGAGAACAGUGCCACGUCACAGCCUGCACACCGGAGCAUCUCUGCGGAAUGACUUCUACAAAGACCUGGAGGCUCAGCUGGCGGCCGUGAGGAAGAAGGCGGCGGAGGCUCUUCCAGGCAGCGGCUGGAGCCCCUUCGAGCUCAACCCCAACCUCCCCCCGGAGAGGGCCGACAUCGUGAUCGUCGGCGGCGGCGUGGUGGGCUGGUCCAUCGCCUACUGGCUGAAGCAGAAGGAGAGGGUGCAGGGAGAGGUCAAGGUGGUGGUGGUGGAGAAGGACCCAACGUACUCCCAGGCCUCCACAGUGCUCUCUGCUGGGGGGAUCCGACAGCAGUUCUCGCUGCCGGAGAACAUCCUCCUGUCCCUGGCCUCUGCAGACUUCAUGAGGAACGUCAAUGAGCACCUGGGCGUGAUGAACGAGGACCCCGUGGACCUGCAGUUCAAUCACUCAGGGUACCUCUUCCUGGCCAGUGAGAAGGUGGCUCACAUCAUGGAGAAGAACUACAACACCCAGAGGUAUGCCGGAGCCAAAGUUUCACUUCUCUCUCCCACACAACUUAAGGAGAAGUUUCCAUGGAUAAACUCAGACGGGGUGGCACUUGCUUCAUAUGGGCUGGAGAACGAGGGCUGGUUCGACCCCUGGACUCUGCUGAACGCCUUCAAGAAGAAGGCCAUCUCCAUGGGAGUCAUCCAGUGCUGUGGAGAAGUGACAGACUUUAAAUAUACCGUAAAUGUGGCGACGAAUCCUGAGGGUGAAAACGUGGCUCUGAAGAGAAUCAAAUCUGUGAAAGUGCAGAUGCCGAACAGCCUGGAGUACCAGCCGGUGGAAUGUGCCAUUGUGGUGAAUGCGGCGGGAGCCUUUUCUUCUAAACUGGCACAGAUGAUGGGAAUUGGCUCCGGCCCUAAAGGCACCAUGGCUGGAACUCCUCUGCCAGUCGAGCCGCGCAAAAGGUUCGUGUAUGUGUUCCACUGCCCUGACGGCCCAGGUCUGGACACCCCCUUCCUGGUGGAUUACUCUGGAGUGUACUUCAGGAGAGAGGGACUCGGAGGGAACUACAUCGCCGGUGCUUCACCAGAUGAGGCGGAGGAGCCGGAUAUCAAUAAUCUAGACGUGGAUCACAGUUUCUUUGAGGAAAAGAUUUGGCCGCCAUUGGCUCAUCGGGUUCCUGCUUUUGAGAAGCUCAAGGUGACCAGCGCGUGGGCCGGCUUCUACGACUACAACACCUUCGACCAGAACGGCAUCAUCGGGAUCCACCCUCUGGUCAACAACAUGUACUUCGCCACGGGCUUCAGCGGCCACGGCCUGCAGCACUCGCCCGCCGUGGGUCGGGCCGUGGCCGAGCUGAUCCUGGACGGAGGUUUUAAAACGCUGGACCUGAGUGGAUUCAACUUCAAACGGAUCCUGAACCAGGAGCCGAUGCUGGAGAGGAACAUCGUGUAGAGGAUUUGGAAAGAUCCCUCUCGCUCUGCGGCUGCUGACGAGUGAUCACAGCCUUGGUUUUUUAUUUUCAUAGCUGUGAACAUUUUUCAGUAAUGAUAACUUUGUUCCAAGUGAGUUACUGAAAUCUGGGUUUAUCGUUCUCAGCUGAUCAAUAUUGUUCCAGAAACUGUCCAAUAUCAACUGUUUUUAGUGUUCUAGUGUUCAGUUUUGUUCAGAUUCACAUCCAUCUCAUUUUAUUGGCUUGUUUAACCUGACUUCGGCCUCAGUGCUCACAAAUCUCAGCCACGACUUCAAAUUACAAGAUGUUUUGUAAUCGGUCGGCUUUCCAAGAACGACAUGAUGACUGUAAUGUACCUACAAUCAAUCAUGUUACGUUUGAGACCACGAGGCCUUUUUCUUUAAAGUUCUUCAGUCGUCCUCUUGGGGGGGGGG